AUGGUUCAAGUCUUGUUCCUUGUAGAGAAUGGAAAACCAUCAACCGACUUCCUUAAUGCCUUUUUCUUGAUCGCCCAAACCCGAAGUCCAACUUUGGCCCAAGAGUCACAAGAAAUCACAAAGAACAAGAAGAACUCGAUAUCAGAGACAAAGACGGACAAGAAUGGAUACUUUUUGCUCUUGGCCCCUAAGACAGUGACCAAAUACGGCGUCAAUGGUUGCAAAGCUUACCUCGUGAAGUCGCCGGAGGCCAAAUGCAGCAAAGUGUCGAAGCUUAACCGCGGAGACAUCGGCUCCGUUCUAAAGCCGGUUUCCAAACCGGGAAGAUCCUCGGUCAUCAUCAACAAACUCACCUACGGUCUCUUCAACGUUGGUCCAUUCACGUUCGACCCUGUCUGCCCCAAAUGA